GUCACACUGCGCAGGCGCCAUCCCCCGGUCCGCAUGCGCACUCAGUCCGGCGCGGCCUGAGGAAAUUUCUUCUGACAAGCCUUCUUCGGCAGGCUCCUGUCUCUCCUCCUACCUUCUGCAUUUUACUAGUUCCUGCAGGAUUCCACAGGAAUAUUAUUUGGAGGACAUAUGGAAGUUCUUCGCCCACAGCUUAUUAAAAUUGGUGGACGGAUUUACAGGAAGAAUCCCAUCCAAGAACAGACUUAUCAACAUGAAGAAGAAGAUGAAGACUUUUAUCAAGGCUUCAUGGAGUGUGCAGAAGAGCCCUGUGAUGCCUACGAGGUGGUGCAGACCCAGCAAGGCUUCCGGUGUACCGUGAAGGCCCCCACCCUGCUCUACAAGCAUAUAGUUGGAAAGAGAGGGGACACUAGGAAGAAACUAGAAGUGGAGACCAAAACUUCUAUUAGCAUUCCUAAGCCUGGACAAGAAGGAGAAAUUGUAAUCACUGGCCAGCAUCGAAGUGGUGUAAUUUCAGCCCGAACUCGGAUUGAUGUUCUUUUGCUCACUUUUAGAAGAAAGCAGCCCUUCACUCACUUCCUUGCCUUUUUCCUCAAUGAAGUUGAAGUUCAGGAGCGAUUCCUGAAGUUCCAGGAAGAGGUACUGGAGAAAUGCUCCAUGGAUCAUGGAGUUGAUAGCACCAUUUUCCAGAAUCCCAAAAAGCUUCACCUAACUAUUGGGAUGUUGGUGCUUUUGAGUGAGCAAGAGAUCCAGCAGACAUGUGAGAUGCUACAGCAGUGUAAAGAGGAAUUCAUUGACAAAAUUUCUGGGGGCAAACCCCUGGAAGUAGAGAUGGCAGGGAUAGAAUACAUGAAUGAUGAUCCUGGCAUGGUAGAUGUUCUUUACGCCAAAGUCCAUAUGAAAGAUGGCUCCAACAGGCUGCAGGAAUUAGUUGAUCGAGUGCUGGAACGUUUUCAGGCAUCUGGACUAAUAGUGAAAGAGUGGAAUAGUGUGAAACUCCAUGCUACAGUCAUGAAUACUCUAUUCAGGAAAGACCCCAAUGCUGAAGGCAGGUACAAUCUCUACACAGCGGAUGGCAAAUAUAUCUUCAAGGAAAGAGAAUCAUUUGAUGGCCGAAACAUUUUAAAGCUAUUUGAGAACUUCUACUUUGGUACCCUAAAGCUCAAUUCAAUUCACAUCUCUCAGAGGUUCACAGUAGACAGCUUUGGAAACUACGCCUCCUGUGGACAAGUUGACUUCUCCUGAGGUGGAUCUUGGGAAACACUAGAUAUUGAACAUCCUCACAAGGUGCCAAGGAAGAGUAUCUUCAUCUUAAUUGCCAAGGAGGGAUAUGGAACUUUCCUGGUGGUUCCCCAUGGACACCAUGGUCUCUAAAGGUUGUCCACAGUCAUCAGACUGUCAGCCAAGAUGGUUGUGGGGACAAAGAGAACUUGUGCCUGUAACCCUCAGCUGGUUUAUCUUGCACAGGGUCUACCAUUCUUUCUAAAGCUCUUCUUUGGAAAUGUACCUCUGAAGCCUGUUGGAGCUCAGAUUCACAUUAUUUCUUAUAUACCUACUGUUUUUGCCACAACCGUUGAAUUUGUGUUAAUACUUUAAAAGAGAAUUAAAGUUGUGUGCUCUUAUAAAUCUCUCCACCUAGAUCAAAUAUCCAUAAUUUCUAGAAGGUUUGUAUUUUUCCCUUCCCCUUGUACCCUAACUUUUAAUCACUACCCAGAACUUCUUUUUUAUUGU